AUGGAAGGUUGGGACCCGAACACGAAGUCGACGCUAACACAGAUCCCAUUGUUAACAACAAAGGCCGGUCCACGCGACGGCGCGGCAUGGACGGCGAGGCUGAAGGAAGAGUACAAGUCUCUCAUCGCAUACACUCAGAUGAACAAAUCCAACGACAACGAUUGGUUUCGGAUCUCCGCUUCCAAUCCCGAAGGUACUCGCUGGACCGGUAAAUGUUGGUAUGUUUAUAAUCUUCUCAAGUAUGAAUUUGAUCUUCAGUUCGAUAUUCCGGUUACUUACCCUUCCACCGCGCCGGAGCUUGAACUCCCUCAAUUGGAUGGAAAAACUCAGAAGAUGUAUAGAGGCGGAAAGAUUUGUUUGACUGUGCACUUCAAGCCUCUCUGGGCCAAAAAUUGCCCUAGAUUCGGUAUAGCACAUGCACUUUGCUUGGGCCUUGCCCCGUGGCUUGCAGCGGAGAUUCCCAUUCUUGUGGAUUCUGGUAUGAUCAAGCACAAAGAUGAUGCAACCACAUCAACGGAAUCUUAG